GUAAAUAAUUAGGGACGACGAAUUAAUUUUGUGAGGUGUACUUUCUGGUCAACCGACCGGUGUAACCUUCCUGCCCAAUCGGCAAUCAGUCAAUCAUCCAUGAAGUCAUAAUUUUGUUCGACAAGAGAAGUACCGCGCAAAAUGAAGGCGUUUCGAACCGCAUACACCGUAGCAUUUCGCCCUAUCACCUUAAACCCUAACCUUUCCCCAAAUUUCUCAAUUUCUUUCCCAAAACCCCCUUCCAUUUCUGUUUUUCUCUCUCCUUCCCGCCCAAGAAUCUCAACGUUUCGCUCCGCAUUUUCAAGCUCUUCUUCGGCACCUUCAACAAUGGCGGAUGGCGGAACUCCUACUCCUUUCGAUGGUACGUUGGGGCCCCAGUUCGAAAGCUUCCGAACCCAACUUGACGAGUCUGGCAAUUUGCGGGAGAGAAUUCGAAAUGUUGCCGUGGAAAUUGAGUCUGUGAAUAGGAUUAUGCAUGCUAAUCUUCUUCUUGUUCAUCAAUCUCGCCCUAUUGCUGAGGUGUUAGAGAAGGCUAAGUCACAAAUUGGUGUGCUUAAGGAGCACUUCAAUCAGCUUGCCGAGAUCAUUCGAGAGUCCCCUGGUCAGUACUACAGAUACCAUAAUGAUUGGAGGAGUGAAACUCAGACAGUAGUUUCGUUGCUUGCAUUUAUGCAUUGGUUAGAGACUGGGAGUCUUCUUUUGCAUCCUGAAGCACAAGAGCAGCUUGGAUUGAAUACUUCUGAUUUUAGCCUGGAUGUCGAAGAUUAUCUAGUAGGAAUCUGUUUCAUGUCCAAUGAACUGCCUAGGUAUGUGGUCAAUAGAGUGACAUGUGGAGACUAUGAUUGUCCAAGAAAGGUGUUGAACUUCUUGACUGAUCUUCAUGCUGCUUUUCGGAUGCUUAACCUUCGUAAUGACUUUUUGCGCAAAAAGUUUGAUGGUAUGAAAUAUGACUUGAAAAGAGUUGAAGAAGUAUUUUAUGAUGUGAAGAUUCGAGGCUUGAUAGAUAAAGGAGAUCAAGGAAGCCAAGGACAACCUUAAUUCAGGGAUGUGCUGAGAUGGUUUUUUGUCAUUAUCCUUGCAUAUGCAUAUUGUAGGUCAUCAAUGCUGCUGCUUGUAGGGCAGUGAGAAUAUAGAAAUGAAUUUCAUGAUCUGCUUAAUAGUAAGUUUGUGUGCUAGUUUAGCAAGUAAUGAAGGAUGGGAAGGUGAGAUUGUGAGGUGCUAACAAUUAUCAAUCAUGCAACAGUUCACAUGAGUUUCCCGGUUGUAUGUGCUCAUGUAGCUCUUAAAAGUGGAACACCGUGACUUUGCAAUAGUGUACUUGAAUGAUAGUUUGGAAGACAUGUUUUUGGCCUUUUGUUGAUCCAUAUUAGGCCCUGUUCUUGUGGAUUGAAAAUCUCUAUAUUGAACUGAACUUAUUGGACUUGAA